GGGGCGGGGUCCCGUGACGUCACAUGUGGAAGAAAACAGCAGAGCAGGAAUCAAAACAAGAGACGGACACGCCUUCGCUCCUAAAGGUUAUUGCUGCUUAUUCUCGUACCUGCAGCUGAGGGGAAACCUUUCAGAAGCAGGUAAACAAAAGCAGGAAAACAACAACAAAAGGUGCGCAGACGGCGUCUGGCGCAGACAUGGAGUUUGCAGAGAUGCCACGCAGCGCUGACAGGAGCCGCUGAAACAGGUCGAAAAUAACCCCAACACCCGAAGCCCGUAAAAUGCCCAACCAGAAGAGCAGCAAGGGGAAGAAGAGCAGGCGCACCAACAGCAGCGGGGACGAGCAGGAAAAUGGAGCCUGCGCGGCCGCGGUGGGUGGCGCGACCGCGGCCGCGGCGCCCAGGAGCGAGCGCUCGAGCGAGUCUCAGUGUGCCACGCCUCUGGGCUGCAGCUUGAACCGCCCCAUCGACCUGGAGAAGGACGACUAUCAGCGGGUGCUCUGCAACAAUGAGCUCUGUCCUUACGGCAACUGGAUGCACCUGCAGUGCUUCUAUGAGUGGGAGAGCUCCAUCCUGGUCCAGUUCAACUGCAUUGGGCGUGCGCGCUCCUGGAACGAGAAGCAGUGCCGGCAGAACAUGUGGACGAAGAAAGGCUACGACCUGGCCUUCAGGUUCUGCUCCUGCCGCUGCGGACAAGGCCACCUGAAGAAAGACACGGACUGGUAUCAGGUGAAACGCAUGCAGGACGACCGCAAGAAGAAGCCCUCAGAGAGGAGCAGGAGUGGGGCCUCCUUCGAGGAGCCCAAGAAGUGUAAAUCAACAGGAGGAGCGGGGAAACUCACUCACCGAGCCUCCAGUCAGGAGCUACCUCGUAGACAAUCAAUGGACCGACAGAACUCGACGGAGAGAGGAGGGGCAGCAGGAGGACAAAACGCAGGGGGGGGCCUUCAGAAAUCUCCUUGCGACUCCCCAGGACAAUCCCCUCCAACCUGCUUUAACUUCUCCUCCACUCCCGUCCUCACACCAGGAGGUGCGCGGGGUUCCCGUCAGCUGGGGGAGUUCCUCAAGUCAGCGGUGCACAUGGACCCGCAGAGGAAGCACCUCCUGUUGGGAGGAGUCAUGGCCCGGGGAGGUGGCUGCUCCAUGGGGGUCCCCGGCGGUGCGAUCGGCGCUCCUCACUUGGACCCGGGCUCCGUCCUCCCCCUGCAGCUGUCCUUCGCCCUCCCGCUUCACCAAAGGCUUGUCCCAGGCAGCGGGGCCGAGGGGUCCCACCCCCACCCGGUGCAGUUCCUCAGGAGGCUGGACCUCUCGGAGCUCCUCACCCACAUCCCACGCCAUAAACUCAACACGUACCACGUUCGCAUGGAGGACGACGCCCAGGCGGGUCAGGGGGAGGAGCUACGCAGGUUCAUCCUCUCUGCACUCAGCGCCAGCGAUAGGAACGUGGUGAACUGUGCGCUCUGUCACCGGUCGCUGCCGGUGUUCGAACAGUUUCCUCUGGUGGACGGGACGCUGUUUCUCAGCCCUUCACGCCACGACGAGAUUGAGUACGAUGUCCCCUGUCACCUUCAAGGGCGAUUAAUGCACCUCUACGCCAUCUGUGUGGACUGUCUGGAGGGAGUCCACAAGAUCAUCUGCAUCAAGUGCAAAUCGCGAUGGGAUGGGAGCUGGCACCAGCUCGGCACCAUGUACACCUACGACAUCCUGGCUGCCUCACCAUGUUGUCAGGCCCGCCUCAACUGUAAGCACUGCGGGAAGCCGGUGGUGGACGUUCGAGUUGGGAUGCAGUACUUCUCCGAGUACAGCAACGUCCAGCAAUGCCCUCACUGUGGCAACCUGGACUAUCACUUUGUUAAACCUUUCUCCUCCUAUAAAGUUCUCGAAGCUUAUUGACAAACGUGCUGAUGCAUGCUAGUCAAGCUGCGUAUGUUCCUAUGUUUAUGUUUUUUUAAACAAAGUCUAGGAAAGAUUUUAUUUUUCUGGGCCUUAAGGUGGUCCUAGGUUGAUUCUUCUUUUUGCAUAGAGAUAAAUAUGGUGAAUGGAAAAACAAAAGUUCUUAGACGGUGUCUCUUCUGCAGUGUCUCUGCACGAAAAGUUCUGAGAAAGUGUGGAAUUGACAUCAAUGUCAAGGGAACACGCUCAUCUGUGACAAGUGAAUGUAUCUGUAUGCCAAAUUUGCUUUUAUUUUUUACCAAAAAAAAAAAAUCUUAAAUAAAGAGAAAGAUUUAGACACUGCUUGGUCAGUUGUUUUCCUUACAUGUUUCUGUUAUAAGUCUGGUGGAACGUUCUGAUGCUGCAUCAACCCGGAAGACGACCACAUUACAUGUGGUGUUCCACAAG